AACGAGACACGAAUUCGAAGUUCAUUAUUUACUAUCUAGAUUUUAUCCUCGACAAAUUUGCCGAAAAUGGUCAUAGUGCUGUAAAUUUGAAUACUUUAAACUUGCUUAAAGAGGAUAAAGGAACGAGAAAUGAAUGCAUGUCGACAAAAUCCACCACCUGCAGGUGGAGAAAAAACUUCAGAUUACUAUACCACCAUAAAAUUACCAGCACGCUUUGAAAAUCCUAGUUGGUUUUGUUGUUACGGUAGUCAGAAGGAACCACCUACCCAUCCUUUCUAUAAUACUUCUAAUGGUAAUUAUGGAUGGUUUGCACCAAACAUCCAUACUGUACCCCAUGCAUUUUUCCCAAAGACAUCAACAUUUUCACGGCAACAGGGUGUGGGUGGAAUGUACAAAAAUUUUUCACUAAACACUGCCCUAGACACAUCAAUCCUUUAAAUAUUUGUAUUCUUCAACUUACAAGUUUUUGUAAAUUCAUUUAUAUUGCUUCAGUGACAUAAAGUUGUGCAAACUUGUUAUUCUUCUAUAAUGUAAAACCUUUUGUUAUGCUCUUCUUUUAUUUAGACUCACAUCUUAAUUUGAUACUACAUAUAACAUUGAAUAAAAAUGUUUCACAUAAAAGCUAUUUAGAAGAGCUUCAUUGUAAUACUAAAAACUAGGAAUACAUACACUUAAACUUCUUUAGCCUGAUAAAUCACUAAACCAGCUUUUUGUGUCUUCAUGAUAUGAAAGUAAUAUUGAAAUAUAAUUAAAAGGAAAAAAAUUAGGAGGAAUAUAAUAAAUUCCCCAUUAUA